AUGGGCUUCGUGGACUCGUGCACCACCUACAUUGGUGCCUACCAGUCGGAAUUCUCGCUGGAUGAAACCAAAAUCCUCUUCAUCCUCUCCUACCUCCGCAACGAGGCUGGCACAAGCUGCGCUGCCUCAAGAUGGGUAAUGAACUGGAAGCAGCGCAACUUUGAGAGACUUAAUGGAAUAAAGGCUGGGGUCACCUUGGCAACCUUCUUGGAGGAGCUUCAAAGGGCUUUUGGGGACUCCAACACGGAGCAACUCUCCGACUUCGAGAUGCUGGCUGCGGACGCGCAGUACAACGUGGUCACCUUCACCGACAGCAAGGGCGAGUACAUGAAGGGGGAUCAAGACAACAUCCUCAUCGAGUUCCUCGAGCGUGGACUGAGCAGCGAGAUCGCAAGCCGCCUCUACAACACAGGUGUCCCCUUGCCCAAGGCGUAUGGUGCCUUCAAGGACUGGAAGAAGCGCACGUUCUUCAAUCGGGCCACAAUGCUUGUGGAGAUCGAGAACAGGGACAAGGACAACGAGUUCCUCAAGGAGAUUGUUGAGAAGCUGCGCGAAAAGGGUUUUUGA